CCCGCCUUCCCGGAGACGAUAAUCCGGCCACGGGAAGUUUAUUCCCACACUCCCACUCUCCAAUCAAAAUAUAGUCAAUUUCUCUUUAAACUGCCCUUCAGUUCUCAAAAUUCCAUGGUAGCUUUAUGCGUUAUGCGAGAAACCUAGGGUUUCUUUGUUCACUUUUCCCUUGUUGCGACAGAGGCAAUGGUGGGAGUGAUGGCGGCGGUUUCCAGAGCGAAACUCGCUAGCCGAAUCAACUCAAUUAAGCAAAGCGGUUCCGCUGACAUGGGGACGAAGCUGGACAAGUUGCGGAGGCUGCGUGACGAGCUCUUAGCCGCGGAUUCUGUGCUGCUCGUGGACUUCCUCUCCCCUAUUCUUGACCUCCUUUCAGACCGUUCUAGCCCAGUCCGCAAAUUCAUUAUUCAGAUGAUUGGUGAAAUUGGUUUGAAGCACUCGGAGUUGUUACCUGAUAUUAUACCAGCGCUGAUAGCUGCUUUGAAAGAUGAUACACCAGCUGUUGCUCGACAGGCCAUCACAUGCGGUGUUGAUAUAUUCCGCUGUUCUCUGGUCAAAGUUGCCAUCCAGGGCUUGUACUCAAGUGAGUUCAACGAAUCACUGAAAUCAUCAUGGGAAUGUGUGCUAAAGUUUAGAGAUGAAAUAUACUCCAUGGCCUUUAAGGUGGGGAAUGAUGGUAGAAGAUUGCCUGCAUUGAAGUUUGUGGAAUCAAUGGUGCUACUUUAUACCCCUGAUCCUAAUGGCUCUUUGGAGCCACCACCUGAUCAUGUUUCUGAAGGGAAGUUUGAAGAAUUCAAUGUCUCAUGGCUGCGCGGUGGACAUCCAAUACUCAAUGUCAGAGAUCUAUCAGCCGAAGCAAGCCAAAAUUUGGGUCUACUGCUGGAUCAGCUGAGAUUCCCUUCUCUGAAAUCACAUAGUUAUUUGGUGAUGAUUGUGCUAAUUAAAAGUCUUUCAACAGUUGCAAGGAAGAGGCCUGCCUUUUAUGGUCGCAUACUGCCAGUUUUACUUGGAUUGGACCCUUCAAGCUGUACUAGCAAAGGCUUGCAUCUUGCUGGGGUUCAUCAUGCUCUGAGAAGUGCUUUUGAGUCUUGUUUGAACUGUACACACCCUGGUGCUGCACCGUGGCGGGAUCGCCUUGUUAGUGCACUUAAAGAAAUUAAAGUUGGAAGACCAACUGAACAGGCUAGAAAUGAAAUAUCAGAGAACAAGGGAAGAGAAGAGUGGCCAGGGGAUGCAUAUGUGGUUCAAAUUCAUGAGAAUGAAAAACCUUCUGUAGCAUUUGUAACUGAACAUAAAAAUGCUGGUAGAAAAAGAACUGGAGUGCUAGAUUCAUCAGAAUUUACUCAGGAUGACAUGUCUGGAAAGCGUGCCAGGUCAACACCUGACAACUUAAAGGAACCAGGACAUGAAAUCAGCGGGAGACAGGAGGGGGUCUCUUCUAGUGGGCAAACACCAUCCAGAGAGGAUUCAGAUAGUGGACCUGUACAGCAGCUUGUGGCAAUGUUUGCUGCAUUGGUUGCUCAGGGCGAGAAAGCCAGUGCUUCUUUGGAGAUUCUCAUCUCUAGCAUAUCAGCUGACUUGUUAGCUGAAGUAGUUAUGGUUAAUUUGCGGAAUCUUCCUCUGCAAACCCCUACAUCUGAAGCGGAUGAAGAGCCACUUACAGAUAUGGUUGCCUUUCCUGAUACCCACAUCAAACAUUUGUCUUUGUUGCUUAGGGACAUACUUUCAGAAUCUAUUCCUCUGGAGAAAGAAACGGGAACCGAGGAUCCUCAUCACUCGGUAUCUAGUGGGCUUCAGCAAACUCAAGAAGAAGAGGAACCGCCGGCGACUAUUGCUGAUAGUAAUGUUGCAUAUGAUGAUUUGAAUCGUGCAAGGCAAGAAACAGUGCAUGUCAAUGAGUCUGUUUCCCCUGAAGAGAUUCCAUCUGCAAUGGAGGCUGGUUAUGGAGCGAUCACUUCUGUAGUCAUUGAAAAUGAAGGUGUGGGAAAUGAAAUACCUGGACUUGCUUUAUCCACUGAGGAUGAUGCUUUGCCUGAAGAUGCUGCUGUUUUUCCAAGGGCCUUGACUGAGUUAGAAGAUGCCAAUCUGACUGAUUUAAAUGAUGCCAAUCAGGAAACAUUUACUAAUUUAGGUAGGAUGCCAAUAGAAUUAGACAAGACGCAGAUAGAAUUAGCUCAAUCAUUCUCUACCGAUCGGUCUGAGGAGCUUAGCCCUAAAGCAGCAAUCACGGACACAAAUAACAUGAAUUCCUCUACUGCAACUUCUGUUGGGUUAUCUUCCCAGUUGGUUCUGCCCAAGAUAUCUGCCCCUGUUAUCUGCCUUGCGGAUGAACAAAAAGACCAGUUACAACAACUGGCUUUUGUGCGCAUUGUUGAUGCUUAUAAGCAGGUUACUGUUGCUGGAGGGUCUGAAGUCCGUUUUUCGAUUCUUGCCCAUUCAGGAAUGGAGUUUCCAUUGGAGCUCGACCCAUGGAAGUUACUGAAAACACAUAUACUGUCAGACUAUGUAAAUCAUGAGGGGCACGAGUUAACAUUGCGCGUGCUAUACAGGUUGUUUGGUGAGGCAGAAGAAGACCGUGACUUUUUUACUUCGACAACUGCUACAUCUGUAUAUGAAACUUUUCUUCUCCAAGUGGCAGAAACACUGAGAGAUUCUUUUCCAGCUUCUGACAAAUCUUUGAGUAGAUUGCUUGGUGAAGUCCCAUAUCUGCCAAAGUCGAUAUUUGAAAUGUUGGAGUCCUUAUGUUCUCCUGGUAGUAGUGAUAAUGAUGAUAGGGAGAUGCAGGGUGGAGAUCGAGUUACCCAAGGGCUGAGUACUGUAUGGAGCCUGAUUUUGACGAGACCUCCUAUUCGAGAUGCUUGCCUCAAAAUUGCUUUGAAGAGUGCAGUUCAUCACUUGGAAGAAGUACGAAUGAAAGCUAUACGUCUGGUGGCGAAUAAGCUUUAUCCUUUAUCAUCCAUAUCUGAAAAAAUCGAAGAUUUUGCCAAGGAAAUGUUGCUAUCAGUUGUAGGUGAUAAUCAAAUUGAAGUGGAAAAAGAGGCUGAUGGAAUCCAUGCUGAACUACAAAAGGAUGAGAAUCCUUCAAGUGAAAAACAGUCGGUGAGUUUGGCAGUUAAAGAGAUCGCCGUUGGUAAUCAUCAGAACUCAGCAUCUGAAAGCAUUCCAUUGUCUAUGAUAGCUGAGGUGCAACGUUGCAUGUCCCUAUAUUUUGCAUUGUGUACAAAGAAACAUUCCCUUUUCCGGCAAAUAUUUGAUGUCUAUAAAGGCACAUCCAAGGCCGCAAAGCAGGCAGUUCAUCAUCAAAUCCCCUUACUUGUUCGAACUAUUGGCUCGUCCAGAGAGCUCCUUGAUAUUUUAUCAGAUCCACCAACUGGAAGUGAAGGGCUUAUAACUCAGGUUGUGCAUACACUUACAGAUGGAACAGUUCCUUCUCCGGAUUUAUUAACUACUGUUAAGAGGUUAUACGAUACAAAGCUAAAGGAUAUAGAUAUUCUUAUUCCAAUAUUAGCAUUCCUCCCAAAAGAUGAGGUUUUACUCCUUUUCCCUCAGCUUGUUAAUGCACCUUUGGAUAAGUUCCAAGUUGCGCUUACUCGUGUUCUUCAGGGGCUAAAUCAUUCUCCACCAGUGCUCACUCCAGCCGAAGCACUAAUUGCGAUCCAUGGGAUUGAUCCUGAUAGAGAUGGAAUUCCAUUGAAAAAGGUCACAGAUGCCUGCAAUGCUUGUUUUGAGCAGCGGCAUAUAUUUUCUCAGCAAGUUCUGGCCAAAGUCUUGAAUCAGUUGGUUGAGCAAAUUCCUCUUCCCUUGUUAUUUAUGCGCACGGUAUUGCAGGCAAUUGGUGCUUUUCCUUCUUUGGUGGAAUUCAUUAUGGAGAUCCUUUCCCGUCUUGUAAGCAAGCAGAUAUGGAAAUAUCCAAAGCUGUGGGUGGGAUUCGUGAAGUGCGCUCUUUUGACAAAGCCACAGUCUUUCAGUGUUCUGCUUCAGCUACCUACAGCACAGCUUGAAAAUGCUUUAAAUAGAACUCCUGCUCUCAAGGCUCCCUUAGUUGCCCAUGCAAGCCAACCUCACAUAAGAUCUUCGCUUCCAAGGUCUACCUUAGUGGCUCUUGGCUUAGUGUCAGAGCCUCAAACGUCUAAUCAGACACAGCCAACUCAAACUCAGACUGCAGAGACAGGCAAUUCAGAGAUGGAAGCAGCGACGGAUAAGUCGAAAGAAUCAUCUACUGCCAGUUGAAUUGAGGACUUAAAACUUUCAUUAGGAUGAUAAACUCGGUGAUUCAGACAAGACCAUGCUUUUUGGUUCAGGAAAUUCAGCACCUGCUUCUAUCAGAAGAAUAUGGUCUUCCAGAGAAUCAAUGGUGAAAUCAUGAUGGAAAAUAGGAAGCUGAACCAUGGCCGAGUGCCUCCCGCCGGUCUGCCGAUGGAGCUUUUCUCGAGUUAAUUGAAUUGUUCGAGUCACCUUGUAUCAUAUUGUGCUAUUCAUAGUUUAUUAGUAAAGAGGGGCCAUCUGCUUUCCGAUACACAAGUCUCUGGGCAUAUCUUACUUAAGUUUCUCCAGCUGAGCAUGUUGUAGCUUUUUUCCUUUUACUUUUUCUUCUCAAGAGGUAUCGUCUUCUAUCCUUCUAUAUUUUUACUCAUCAAAUGUAAUUCCUUAUCAGUAGGAUGACAAUGUUGCUAUUUCAUCAUAUAGUAACUCUGCAAGAGAAUUACAGGAAUUUUCAUUUAAUUGUUGCAUCAA